UUGAAGGUUCUCAAGCUGCAUAUCGUGCCAGCUAAGGAGUUAACAUCUGAUGAGAUCACCAACGAUACGAUCGUUUCCACUGUCGACAAUAUUCGCCAACUCUACUUUAUCAAAGGGGAAUGGCCAAAAAACAAUAUCACAUACUACGUGAUCGGUGGCGGUAUUAAGACGGCAAUAUUUCAAGACAAUGUUGCCGCUACAAAUGGGAUCGUCCAUUAUAUUGAAAGGGUACUUGGCGUACCGUAUCAAUCGCUAUGGGAAAUUAUCAGGAACGAAACACGACUACAGUAA